UCUCCCUCGUUCCAUCCAAGCUCCACCAUCCAUCACUGAUUUGCACUUACCUAGCUACUCCGCAACCCCCACUUCCGGCUUCUUCAUUUCUCACUACUAGUACGUAGUUGAGAUUAUGGAGGGCGGAGAAGGAUCCGGUGGCGGCGGCGAGCCGACCAAGUACCGCGGGGUGCGCCGCAGGCCGUGGGGCAAGUUCGCCGCGGAGAUCCGGGACUCGAGCCGGCACGGCGUGCGCAUGUGGCUCGGCACCUUCGACACCGCCGAGGAGGCCGCGGCCGCCUACGACCGCUCCGCCUACUCCAUGCGCGGCCGCAACGCCGUGCUCAACUUCCCCGACCGGGCGCACGUCUACGAGGCCGAGGCCAGGCGCCAGGGCCAGGGCUCUUCGUCGUCGGCGAGGCAGCAGAAUCAGCAGCAGCAGCAGGGGCAGAGCGGGGUGAUCGAGUUCGAGUACCUGGACGACGACGUGCUGCAGUCCAUGCUCCACGACCACGACAAAUCCAACAAGUAGAUCGAUGGAUCAUCCAUCCAUCCAUCCAUGGAUCGAUCCAUAAUACCUACUGUAUCAUCCCGGCCCGGCCGGCAACAUCGACCUGCGUGCAUGCGCGGGCGCGGAUGCAAUCUACACUACCUACCUAUGCAUUCCGGCCAUAUAUUAGGUACGUAGAUUAUAUGUGUACGAGAGCCUACGAGCUCGAUGAAGAUCGUACGUGGUGCAUUCUGAUGCAUGAGGAUUCCAUCGACACGACCCUCUACCAUAUAUUUGAUGGGUCGAUCGAGUAAUUUGCAGCCAGUAAUCCAAUCGAUGAUAUGGGGUUUUCA